AUGACAGACCAUCCAGAAAGUGGUGAAAAUUAUCCACCCAAUAACUUUGAAGUGCGACAACGAGACAUACCUACUAUUAGAGUGAGAAAUCAAAUGUUUUUCAAUCAACAACCAUACAUAAAUAAGCCAUUAGCAAACAACAACAAUACUCCCUACGGUAAGAACAGUACUAGUGGAAUUAGUUCAACGAAUAACUAUGCCAAGCUAGAUGACCCGAAUAAUAAUUUUUUUAAUUUUGAUAGUUCUCUUAAUCCAGCUUCAGUCUUUAAUCCAGUGGAUAAUAAAAAUGUUAGAACCAGUUUUGUCAAUCCACAAAUAGAUUCCAUGGCGCAAUACUACUCACAGAAGCCAGGUGGUGGUUCUGUUGGACAGGGCGUAAUGGGACCUACAAAUAGUCAAUAUCUAUAUCAACAGGGAACUAAGGAGAAUACUGUUGGAGGAUUAAAAUCAAAAAAUGCGAGUUCAGAGUCAUAUCCUCAAAAUCAAGCUCAUCAGCAAACUGCUACUCAUCAACAACAGCAGCAGCAGCAACCUCAACAGCAGUUCAGGCCUUACACGAACAGUGUCAGCACUGGGUAUGAAAACAUUAUGAACCCACUGAUCCAAAAAAACGUAAAUAGCGAUCGAAAUUUUUAUGGUGCUGGUGCAAACGCUACGACGCCAUAUUCGACAUAUGGAUAUAACACACAAAGGAAAUCCUCAUUACAGUUUGAUCAAUCUAAUGAUUUUGCACAUGAUAAUAAGAAUUAUCGUCAGCAACUUCCAAUAGAGGGACACAGUCUACCGGCUGGGUCACAAAAUAAUAGCAUUAACAGCAGCAACAAUAAUUUGAUUUUUAAAGAUGGCAUGUACACAACGAGCGAACAGUUAAAUCCAGAAUAUUUUGACAGCAGCCAAUUUAAUCCACAGAAUCUGAAACCUUAUAUUGAGGCCAGUGGACUACCCUUGGCGACUGCACGGUAUAAUGACGAGGUUGGUUUAGGGAAGCGGACAUCUACUCUUUCAAAUGAGGCUGUACAAGCAAUGGCUCAGAAGAAUGGGCCACUUGAUGUUGCCAGGCAUAGCAAAAGUCAAUCAGUGCCAGGUAAAAUAGACAGCUUCAAUAGAGUUGGUGUUACUGACCGUGAACUUCAACCUCAGAAAGAUCCUAAUGAGAGUUCGAGUCCCAAAUUGGGUGCCACCUCAAUUGAUAAAUUGAUGUUGAUUAUAGAAGCAAGACAAAAGGGAUUCAUGGGCCAAGUACCAACAACUCAGGACGGUGAUUUGUUAAUAGAUGAUGAUGCUUCAAAGAGUAUUUUACUUCCAAAUGCUGCUCAACUUGUGGGCGGUGUUCCAAAGCCAGAAGGUCGGUACACCAAACACAUAAAGAAGCCAGAAGACUCAAAUAAUCCAGAUAAACCCGCUAAGCCAAGAAAGAAAAGGCCAAAGGUUAAAAAAUAUCAAUGUGCGUACUGUAGUAAAAUGUUUUCGCAAUCGACGCAUCUUGACGUUCAUAUAAAAGCCCACAUGGGAUAUAAACCUUUUGAGUGUGAAUUUUGUGGUAAAAGAUUUACUCAAGCCGGUAAUCUACGUACACACAGACGGCUACACACAGGUGAAAGGCCAUUUAAGUGUGAUAAAUGUGAUAAAACGUUUGCCAGAAGGGGAAACCUAACUGCUCAUGAAUUUACGCAUGAAUCCAUCAAGCCAUAUAUUUGCAGGCUUGAUAAUUGCUUCAAAAGGUUCUCGCAACUGGGAAACAUGAAAUCACAUCAAAAUAAGUACCACCCACAAACGAUCAAAGAACUAACACAAAAGCUUGCUUUAUUGGAUCCUGAUCCGACUAAGAACAACAUCUCUCAAAAUGAGAUGGAGCUUUUAUCAUAUUUUGCAUCGCUUUACAAAUAUUCAAACAAAGGUAUCAAGGGUAGGGGUAAAUCAUCAAAUUAA